UUGAAUUUUACCAUUUUUAUUUAAUCAUGAGAUCUGUUUAGUAUCUUUUUGAACUAAAUUUACGCGUUUUCUGACAAAAGCGGUGUCCAUCUAGUAAUCAGCUUUUAAUAAUCACUGCACCAUGCCAGGAUUCGUUGCUGUUCAUACUGGUGCAGGAAACUGCAUAGAUGAAACAUUAUACAAAAAUGUUUGCAAGGAAGCAUGUAUUCAAGGGGUCAAUGCACUAAAGAAUGGAGGAAGUGCAUUAGAUGCUUGCGAGCUAGCAAUAGUGACGCUGGAAAAUUCUUGUGCCACUAACGCUGGAAUCGGUUCAAAUCUUACAUGGGAUGGCCAAGUGGAAUGUGACGCUUGUAUAAUGGAUGGAGCAACAUUGCAAUUCGGAGCAUGCACGAAUGUUUCAGAUGUGAAAAACCCCAUCAGUUUAGCCCGUCAUCUAUGCGACAGACAAUCAAAACUAUUAAGUUUCGGAAGGAUACCUCCAAUGAUUCUGGCGGGCAAAGGUGCAUCGGCCUAUGCCAAAGAAAUAGGGCUACAAAUAGUACCAACAGAACAUAUGGUAUCAGCGAAGGCAGUCAAAAGCUAUGAGCAUUAUAGACGAAAUAUUGCCAAAUACGAAGAGAUCAAUCGAAUGAAACUGUCACCACUGGAUACGGUCGGGGCAGUUUGUGUCGAUGCCGAAGGAACGAUCGUAGCUGGAUGUAGUUCCGGUGGCCUAUUGCUCAAGGUUGGUGGACGAGUCGGACAAGCUUCAACAUACGGUGCUGGAUGUUGGGCUAUGACAGAUGAAUCAACUUGUAUGUCUGCGGCCACCUGUACUACAGGGAAUGGCGAAUAUCUUAUGAAGACACUCUUUGCGAAAGAGCUAGUAGAUGAUUUGAUAACAUGCAACUGUCCCAUAACCUCGCAACAUCAAACUUAUAAGAGAAAACUACUUGAAUCUCCAUUUCUGUCGAAACAAAGCGAAAUUCACGCCGGGUCGUUAUCAAUCAUUUAUAACACUACCACUGCCGAUGGUGAUUUGCUGUGGGCCCAUACGACCAAUUCAAUGUGCUUAGGAUUUCAGUCAACUAAACAAAAGAAACCUAAGUUCGUUUUAUCAAAGUUACCACCAAACUUGUCUUGCGGAGUAAAAACAGUUGUCAGUGGGCAUCAUUUCAAACUAACGUAUUAGGAGCCGGAGAAGACGCGGUUGCAGUGCUGUUCGCAAAUUUUCAUCCAAACUAGCCAAUAUAGAGAACAAUUUAGCUGAACGUUGAUGACUCAUCUGUUACAGUAAUUUAAAUGUGUAACAACAUUUCUAAAAAAAUUAGCUUUUAUUUCCGUUCUCGUGAUUUCAAAACAUUGAUAUUGUUCAAAACAUGCAGUUCUACAAUUUUACUAUAAUUUUGUAUCGAAAUUUGUGUUCCGCGCAAUUUUACCUUGAUCAUACUUUUCAGCAGAUGGUUAAAAAAUGGAUUGUACUUGUUGAACAAAACACAUUUGCAACAUAUUGGUUACUUUGCAUGGAAAUUAGUCUGCGCUGCCGAAUAGCACUCUACAAUUAAGUCCGUUCCUUACAGAUCAAUUUCCUAUAGGAUGAGAUAUCUCAAUUUCACUAUACUGCCGCUUUUCGCAUGUCCGUCCCAUGGCGAAAAUCAUUAAUCCGAGUAAAUCGCAUUUUAUGUUUGAUUCGUACCGUUGCUUUUUAUGUGAUAGAACAACCAAUUUCGCUGUCUUUGCAAACUGUUUCUGAACAAAGUUGUUGAGUUCGGAGCCAGUAUUACGAAAAUAUGUGUGAUUAGCUACCAUUUGCAUUGAAACACUCAGUUUUGAACGACUAUCGGACCGACAAGCGAAGAGCGGCAGUAUACGGCUUAUAAAUGCAAAUGUGAGCCAAAUAGCUACGUAGAUUUUCCUCUUGUACUCAACACCUUUUUUGGAUGGGUCGAUUAUCGAAUCCUGACAUUAAUAACACAAGUUGUGUCGGAUAUUCAGAUUGUAUCACAGGAAAGAAAAGUCUCAAUCAUCUUCGAGCUAUCGAAAGGAAGACAGAAAUAAAA